AUGACCUGGUCAAAAUUCGCGGCGAUGGCAGUGAACCGGGUGACAGGCUUACUUCCUGAAACCCCUCAUAUUAGUCUUCUCAAGGCUUGCAAAGGCGUGAACGGUCAUGCUGUGGCCAAUGUUUUAGACGCUGAUUUAUCCAAGGCUGAGAUUGAAGAUAUUAAGGAGGUCUUCGACCUUUUCGAUUUCUGGGACGGUCGCGAUGGAAUGAUCGAUGCCGUCAAGGUGCCCGAUCUUCUCCGCUGUGCUGGAAUGAAUCCAACCAUCAAGGUUUCUCUCAAGCAUGGCGCAACCAAGAAAGCUGGUGAAAAGCAAUACAAAUUUGAUGAGUUCCUACCAGUAUACCAAGCCAUCAUUAAGGAGAAAGAGGGUGGCACUUUCGCAGACUAUAUGGAGGCCUUCAAAACUUUUGAUCGUGAAGGGCAGGGAGUUGUGAGUGCCGCUGAAUUGGGACACGUUCUCUCGGGUUAUGGUGAGCGACUCUCCGAUGAAGAGAUUGAUGAGAUUAUCAGACUCACCAAGCUACACGUCGAUUUGGAUGGCAACGUAAAAUAUGAAGAAUUCAUCAAGGGAGUCCUUGAAGGUCAGCCCAAGUAA